AUGGUUCAGGAAAGCACAAUGAUAUGGCAAGUUUUUGAUAAUUCUGACUGGAUGAGGAAUGGAGAUUUCUGCCCUAGUCGCUUACAGUGCCAGCAAGAUGCCGCGAGCCUAAUAGCGCGUUGUAAACUUCGUGCUAAUCCCGAAAAUGCUGUAGGGAUCCUUUCUAUGGCAGACACUGUCGAAGUUUUGUCUACACUAACACAGGAAACAAAUAAGAUCAAUUCGAAAGUCUAUCAAAUUCAGCCGCAGGGGGUAUCCAAUUUUAUUAAUGGCAUUAAAGUUGCUCAUCUUGCGUUAAAACAUCGUCAAAAUCGUAAUCAUAAGAUGCGCAUUGUCUUAUUCGUUGGAAGUCCCAUUGACCAUCUGGACACGCAGGAGCUGUUGAAACUCGCAAAAAAGUUAAAAAAAGAGAAAGUUCUGGCUGAUGUAGUAUGUUUUGGAGAGGCAGAUGCAGAAAACAGUGAAGUAAUGCGCCAGUUCAUUGAGGCGUUAAAUGGAAGAGAUGGUUCUGGUUCGAACUUGGUGGUUGUAUCUCCUGGUUCCACACUUACUGAAGCAUUAGCAACUUCACCGGUAUGUCGUGGAGAAGACGGUACUGCUGCACCAGUUGUCCCUCCCGGUGGUGGUGGUUUUGAUUUUGGUAUGGAUUCAGAGAACGAUCCGGACUUAGCUUUGGCUCUUCGUGUAUCACUGGAAGAGCAGCGCCAAAGGCAGCAGCAGGAGGCUAUGGCUGCAGGAGGAGGAUCGGUAUCUGAAAUUUCUGGUGAACCAGCACCUUCCUCUGUUGCAGAAAAUCUAAUGGAAAUGGACCCUGGUGCAAUGACCGAGGAGCAGCAACUGGAGUGGGCAUUGCGCCUUUCACUUCAAGAAGGCGGAGGAGCAGAAUCAAUAAGUGUUGACACAAUUCCGCAGUCCAGUACCACAGAAGCUGCAACCAGUGCUGUGCAGGAAGAAGUAAAAAUGGAGACCAAUUCUGCGGAGACUGAAGAAAAUAAAACAGUUAGUGCAUUUUUGGGCUGUUUAAGUGCAUUAACAUUGCGAUCUCUUAGUAAUUUUCAGACUGAAGAUGAUCAGUUAGGUCAACUUAUGAAUGACCCGGAGUUAUUACGUCAAUUGGUUGCUGAUUUGCCGGGAGUUGAUCCAGAUUCACGAGAAGUGCAAGAAGCUAUCAAUAGAACAAGCGCCGACAAAGUCAUUCAUUAA